GGAUCGUCCGUAAUUCUUCUUUUGUUCCAGCAAAGUAAUGACUCAGGAAGCGGCAUUUAGUUUUUUUAGGCCUUUGGAGGAAGUAUAUCACGGCAAUCACUAUCAAGCCACAUUUUGAUCAUCAGAUCACUUUGAAGAUUUUUGCAUCAAAUCUAGACCACAUCGCCGUUGCUCGCUCGGCCAUGAUAUAUUUUCCAUUCAGCGACAAUGUCGUGCCCCGUGCACGGCGAUUAAAGACUGAGGAGUGUAUAUUCACGCGUGGUUCUUCAAACACGGAUUUCUUCAUAAAUACCAGGCACCUGUAGAUCUAACGACAUUCGUUUGCCUCAUCCCUCCUUGCAGUAAAACCAUGCCAAGCCAACUCCCUGAUGAUGACGAGGACAUCCUUGUUGACGACGUUUAUUCCGCAUCCAUCAAACACGCCUAGCCUCACCAACAUUAUGUCACUCAAUGCACUGACAUAUCCCAGUCAAGGCUUGGAAAACCUAACGUCAAGCUCUAGUCACUGGCAGAACUCCCAAAAAUUUCAUAGCACUACUCACAACUAUGACCAAGGUGACAGCGUCAGCCAAUACGAUGGCCAUCAAUUGCAGCGCUUUGCCACACCUCCGCUAGGCCCGGAUUUGAUCCCACUCAUGGCGCCUUCACCUUCAGCUGCGGAGUCCUCACAAGUUGUGUUUGCAACACAGUCCACCAACCAGCUGAUUUCAAUCCCGCUGCAAAGCCAUUUCCCUCUUCUUCUGUUGCGUUGCAGAUGGGUAUGCCAAAACAUACCCUGCAUGUUUACAGGAACUUUAGAAGAGCUAAAGGCGCAUUGUAGAGCCGGCCAUUUUGCUGGCCCCAAAGAUGUGCCGAUUGCAUGCCAGUGGGAAAAUUGCACUUACUACAAGCGCGGUGACCGCACAGUCCAUGUCAUGCGGCGCGACUCGAUAUGGCGUCAUACAUCUGAAAAGCAUCUAUUUUUGAAGAGGGGCAUGUAGAUUCCAGCCAUGCAUACUGUCUCGUUCAAUAGAUAUGCUAUCGCUCA